UAGCCAAAGCAGCCAUUCCAAGAGCAAGGUAGGCGCAGCGAAAUGGCCCUAGCAGCGCAGACGAGGGCGGUGUUGCUAGUGGUGGCGAUCUCUGUGCUGGGGCUGGCCACCGGCGGCCUCGCGCAGCUGAAGAAUGGGUUCUACACGGGCAAGUGUGGCGCCAAUGACGUGGAGACAAUCGUGCAGGGUCUCGUCAAGACCCGCGUCGGCCGUGACGCCGCAAUCGUUGCCCAGCUCCUGCGCUUGCAGUUCCACGAGUGUGCCAUCAAUGGCUGCGACGGCGGGCUUUUGAUCGAUGGUCCGGGGUCCGAGAAGACGGCAACGCCGAACCUGAGCGUGAAGGGUUACGACCUAAUCGCGACUAUCAAGAUGGAGCUCGAGAAGCGGUGUCCCGGCGUCGUGUCUUGCUCCGACAUCGAGAUCCUCGCCACAAGGGACGCCGCCGCUCUGGCUGGUGUGCAGAAGUACUCUGUGCGCACCGGGCGGAGGGACAGACGGCGGUCCAGUGCCGCCGACGUGAAGCUUCCAAGUGAAGAGGAUACGGCCGCGCAGGCAACCUCUUACUUCGCCGGUCUCGGCCUCACCCAGUUGGACAUGGUGGUUCUGCUAGGCGCGCACACGGUGGGCGUGACGCACUGCAGCAAGAUCAAGAAGACACGUCUUUAUAGCUACGGCGGCAAGACCGGCGCGACGGACCCGAGCUUGCACUCGGACGACGUCGCCGUGUACAAGAAGUAUGUGUGCCCCAACACAGCCUCGUCGGACAACAACAUCCUGUACCUGGACACCCAGUCCAGCGUCUCUAGGAUUGACAACAGCUACUACAAGAGACUGCAGGGACGUCAUGGCGUGCUCUCCGUCGACCAGAACCUCUACGCCAACGGCUCCUCGACCAAGUGGCACGUCGACAGGCUCGCCAACACAGACCACUUCUCCUGGCUCUUCCCACAGGCGCUCAUCAAGCUCAGCGAGAUCAACGUGCUCACCGGCACGCAGGGAGAGGUUCGCAAGGUCUGCAGCAGGUUCAACUGAUCGAUCGUUUGUUCGUCUCCAACCACGCUCCUGUGCGAGGCCGGCGGAUUUAUUCCAUUGCCCCCCUCAUUUUCUGGAUUCUGGUUUUGGUCACAUUGAAGGAGUACUUAAUUUUGAUCCCAUGGUCAACUCAUUUGUUUUGGGGCUUAUUUGUAAUAACGUGCAAGGUUGUAUGUUCUUUUCUGUGUGAUGAAGAUAAUGAAGGACAUUAUUGUGUUGGUGCA